AUGGGAAGAUGUAAUACUAAGAGGCCGACAAAAGGUAAAAAAACAGGUACACCUCAAAAAGAAAAACCCAAAAAGGAAGCUGUUGAACAACAAGAUAAAGUAGUUCAAAAAGAAGAAACAAUUGAGCAAAAUAAACCAAAUAUCCCAGCUUCGCCUAAAAAGGAAAAUGUUCAACAAGAUAAGGAGAAAACUGAACAAAAUGAUCAAACAAUUCAAAAUGCACAGACAGAAGAAGCUGUAGGUCAAGAUGACCAGGAUACUACAAUUGGAAAUGGAUUCGGCUUUGAAUUCCGAAAAAGCAAUUAUAUGCCGUUAGUUUUUAAGAGAGAAAUCGAAAUAAUAAAAGAUCAAAACGGAUACUCAGCUGUUGCCAAAUCAAUAAAUCUCCCUAGUAUAUUUUAUAUCGGAGACAAGCCAUACAAAUUUGUUCAGAAGAAAAAUCCAACAAAAUAA